UGUGUGUCUCAUCAAAUGCCUCGGCUUGGGAUGCAUCUCGCUGGUGUGAUUGGUGGUUUCUUCUCGUCCAUCGCGUGCCUCUCUGCAAUGGCAGAUGCGAUGCGACUGCUUGGCAUCAGCUGCUUCCACAUCACUUGUUUCGCUGCUGAUUCACACCCUCUCUGCUCCUCGACCACCCCCUUGCGUCACCUUUACCACCUUCACAGCGAGGACUGCCAUGCGGUAAGGCCUCGCCUGGUAUCUAGCAGCCUAUUGGUGCUUCUCGCUGGGCUGUAGUGCCGCGCGCGCGCUGGCAGAGAGCGCGCAACACACGCUUGCCAAUCCCAGUCCACCACAACCCCACUCGCUGUUCAGGAAAGGCCCAUGCUAUGCCGCCUUUCGGCGAGGCAGGUCCAUCCCGAGCAACCUCACAUGCUGCGAGCCAUGACAGCACAGCAUCCUCCUUCACCAGCAGCUUCAGGAAACCAUCGAGCGGCAAUCGUCUAGUCGUGGAGGUCGAGACUCGCAGCAACACACCCACCAGUUCCAAAAGCUCGACUGGCUCAUCAUCCUCUGCGGGCAGAGCAGCCCCUGCUGGCCCCGCGAAUGCUGCCAGUGCCUAUGUUUCUCGUAAUGCUCAACGCGACGACUCGAGCUCUUCCUCUGCCAAGCGACCCUCUUCCUUGAAGAGCUACUUUAUCUCAGCCGCCAGCACAUCGUCUCCCAAGUCUCCUGCACCAGCAGCGGUCACGAAGAGGCAGACCAGCGACUUGGCCGUCAUUGUCGCUUCGCCGCCGAGACGCGACUCGCACAAUAGUCCCUUACCCCCUGCCUCGGGCAUCAUCAGCUCAGCAUCACCCAUCAAGCCGAACGCUGCCAGGAUCGGUGCGCCGAGCUCGUCAUCCUUGCGCAAUCCUACUCGGGGUAACCACGGACAAUUCACCUCGAGGCCUGCGAGCGCCAGUUCCGAGGGCAACAAUGACACCCAAGCAACAUCAAAGUUCCAGCAAGCGCGAUUGCGACAGGCAGGAUCGUCUUCGCCGUCUCCUGCUGCUGCUGCUGGCCGACAUAAACCUCUUGUCAUCGAGAAGAAGCAGCCAGCGGGCCUCUCCAGACACUUGCUGCCUCCGAAGCCUCGCUCGUCGUUGCUCUCCCCAGUCACGCCUACCGCUCGCAAGGCAUCCAAGCCUCAGCCUGCGAAAAGUCUGCUCGAGGAAGCCAAGGCGCGCGCCGCAAAGAGGCAGGAAUACACCAAGGCCAGAACUGCAGGUCGCACCUCUGCCGACUAUGUGCCUCCGCCCGCCGCCGAGCUGCCCAGGAGCGAAUUUGGAGCAGAGGCACGGAUUUGGGGCAGCCCGUUCAGGGAACCUAGAGCUGGCAAUUCGGGACAUCAUCGAGGGACUAGGCUGCUGCGCUGCCAGUGGGAUGUGGACCGGUCCACCCAUUUCGAGCACAAUCAUGUGCAAUGCGGCAAGACGUUUAGCACGGCCGAGGCCCUCAUACGGCAUGUCUGCAGGGCGCACAUAGACCUCGUGCCGCUGCCGCCUGGAGAGGUGAAGAUGAGCUGCCAAUGGAAAGGAUGCGCCAAUAGAAGAUUUGACAAGACGACUCUCAAAAGGCAGCAUCUAUGUGGCCACCUUGCAGCUGCUGCUUUCGAGUGCCCCUUCAAAGAGUGCCGAUUGUCGAACGGCGUGGAGCUGACCGAUUACAAAGCCCAAGACCGAUUUUCGUGAUGACUCGGAGCUCAGGCCGCUCCUGUGGGUCGUACAUCUGCCAGGAAGCGCAGCUUUGGAGCAACACAAGAAGAAGCUGCGAGCCAUUGCUGCGUGCAUCAAGAACC